AUGAAGGUACACAUGCACACAAAAUUUUGCAUCAUUUGUUUGCUGACAUUUACCUUUCAUCAGUGCAAUCAUUGCCAUAAAGAUGGACAUCACCGUGGUCCCAAAGGGAAAUGUGGACACUACCAUAAUGACUGUCAGAUCUCAAAUGAUUCCUACUUCCAGAAUGGAGGAACAGAAUCUAUGCCGAGUAAAUUUUCAACGUUGGAAGCUGAAAAUGAACAGAAAUACUACAUUGAAAAGAUUUUUGAUCGUUACGGUGAAAAUGGAAGAUUAUCCUUUUUUGGCCUGGAAAAGCUGUUAAUAAGCCUUGGGUUAGGAGAGGUAAAAGUGGUGAUGAUAAAUCAUGAUGAUAUUGGCCAUGAUCAUGUUUCUCACUUAUAUGCUUUAGAAGUCCAGGAAGGAAAGCAUUCUCACUCUCAUAACCAUCCUCAUAGCCACUCAGAUUCAGAAAACCAAACCACGGCUGGUGUGGCUGUAAAGAGAAAUCAUAAAUGUGACCCUGAGAGAGAGACAGUAGCACUAUCAGUAAAAGAUGAUGGCAAACACAGUCAUGACCAGAGUCGUCAUCAUCGUCAUCACCACCCUCGUCUACAUCAUCAUGACCAUAAUGGUACACAUCACUCUCGUAAUGAUUCAGUUAGUCACAGUGAACAUGGAGAACAGAACCAUGAACCUUCAACAGAGACAAACACAACUCAAGAUCAGCCGGAAAGAAAACAACGGAAACAGAAGAAGAAGCAAAAGAAGAUCAGUGAGACUUCAGGAGAUUAUGCCCCAGAUCAUGAUUCAGGUGAUCAGCAUGAGCACAAUCGUGUUCAUAAACUUGAUCAUGCACAUGAUGCAUCCCACUUGCAUGUACGCCGUCAUGAACACAGUAACGAUCGUUCUACUAGUCAUGGACAUCAGGAUUCCAGUUUAGGUAAUGAGGAUGGACACCACCACACCAGCAAGCGAGAGGCACCUCGUAAGCAGAGUAGCGUAAGAAAACGUGCUCUUUUUCCAUCGCGUAGUCAUAAGGAUCAUCAUGAAGAUGAACGUGAUCGUGAAGAGUGCUUAAAUGUUACCCAGCUGCUACGGUACUAUGGUCUGGAAACCAGCUCUCCAAUAUCUCCUGAACUGUUUAUAUACAUGUGCCCUGCUUUGCUAUACCAGAUUGAGAGAAGGCUUUGUAUUGUACAUUAUGAUGAGCUUGAAGAUGUUAUGAAAAGUAAAAAUGCAUCAAUUGAGAAUAAAGAUAAAACAGGUGCAUCAGCCUGGUUUUGUGGUAUCAUCUCUAUCACCGUCAUUAGCCUGCUUUCCUUACUAGGUGUGAUCUUGAUUCCCAUCAUUAACCAAUGGUGCUUCAAAUUUCUUCUAACUUUCUUGGUAGCUCUGGCUGUAGGAACAAUGAGUGGAGAUGCACUACUCCAUCUCUUGCCACAUUCACAUGGAGGCCACAACCACAGCCACCACCAUGGCCAAGGUCAUGUUCAUGAACACAAGCGUUCUCAUCGACAUGCCCACGGACACGGAGUGCAGACGGAAGGCUUUCUAGAAGAAAAUGAUCCAGUGCUGAAAGGUCUUGUGGCACUUGGAGGCAUUUAUGUUUUGUUCAUUAUUGAACAUUGUUUAAGAAUGUACAAACAUUACAAUAAGCAGAAGAGUAAGCAGAAAUGGUGCAAAAAACCACCAACUGAAGAAUCACCAAUUGGAAGGAAACUUUCUGAUCACAAGUUAAAUAAUAGACCAGAUGCUGACUGGCUUCAGCUCAAACCCCUUGCAGGAGCAGAUGACUCAGUUUUGUCUGAAGAUCGACUCAACGAAACCGAACUAACUGAUUUAGAUGGCCAGCUGGAAUCCCCUCCGAAAAACUUCUUGUCUGUAGAAGAGGACAACAAUAUGCACCAUUCUCACAAUGAUAUCUCACACGCUGCUCAAGAGCAUGAUCUUCAUGAUUCAGAGUAUGACAGCCAUGGCGAAGAUAAAAUGAUAGCUAGAAAGCACAGUCACCACUGGCAUCACAAACAUUCCCAUCAUUCCCAUGGCCACUGUCAUUCUGGAAAAGACCUGAAAGAUACUGGGAUAGCUAAUAUUGCAUGGAUGGUAAUUAUGGGAGAUGGCAUUCACAACUUUAGUGAUGGCUUAGCAAUCGGAGCAGCUUUUAGCGCUGGACUUACAGGAGGAAUUAGUACGUCUAUAGCAGUGUUCUGUCACGAGCUUCCCCAUGAAUUAGGUGACUUUGCUGUGCUUCUUAAAGCAGGCAUGACAGUAAAGCAAGCUAUUGUGUACAACCUCCUCUCUGCCAUGAUGGCUUACAUAGGGAUGCUGAUAGGCACAGCGGUGGGACAGUACGCUAAUAACAUCACCUUGUGGAUCUUUGCAAUCACUGCAGGCAUGUUCCUCUAUGUGGCGUUGGUCGACAUGCUUCCAGAAAUGCUUCAUGGAGAUGGAGAUAACGAAGAGCAUGGUUAUUGUCCUGUGGGGCAGUUUAUUCUUCAGAAUCUAGGCCUGCUGCUUGGAUUUGCCAUCAUGCUGGUGAUAGCCCUCUAUGAAGAUAAAAUUGUACUUGACAUCCAGUUUUGA